GUAUAACGUGACAGUGUGAGAAUGACCUACAUUUUGCAUAAGUUUUUUUUUUGUAGCAACCCUGAGAACGACGCCAAUUUUGACAGAGAGUGAGCGAGAUAGUUGCCGACUUGCCGUCUUCAGCAAAAGUCGAAGCCUCGUUCGUUUGCAUUUAUAAUUUUCGUGUAAAACUGUAAUUUACCUGCAGCGAAUUUUUACAAAAAGCAUAUUAUAUAAUAGAAAAUGGUUGCUAGAGUGGCUGGAGUAUUUGAUGAGAAACUGACGGAGGCAAUCGCCAACUCGAAAAUCUUAGUGGUCGGAGCCGGCGGUAUAGGUUGUGAAAUCCUAAAGAAUCUUGUUCUCACCGGCUUCCCACAAAUUGAAAUUAUUGAUCUCGACACAAUUGAUGUGAGCAACUUAAACCGUCAAUUUUUAUUCCACAAAGAACAUGUUGGCAAGUCAAAAGCACAAGUAGCCAAAGACAGUGCACUGAGCUUCAAUCCUAAUGUAAAUAUUGUAGCACAUCAUGAUAGUGUAAUAAGCAAUGAUUAUGGAGUCAGCUACUUCAAACAGUUCAACAUAGUGAUGAAUGCAUUGGACAACCGUGUUGCUCGUAAUCAUGUAAACAGAAUGUGUCUUGCUGCUAAUGUGCCUCUAGUGGAGACUGGCACUGCUGGAUAUGCUGGGCAGGUUGAGUUAAUCAAAAAAGGUCUUACUCAAUGCUAUGAGUGUCAACCAAAAGCACCUCAAAAGACAUUCCCUGGCUGUACAAUUCGUAACACUCCCUCAGAGCCCAUUCAUUGUAUUGUGUGGGCGAAACAUCUUUUCAACCAAUUGUUUGGAGAAGAGGAUCCAGACCAGGAUGUGAGCCCUGACACUGCGGACCCAGAAGCAGCCGGAGAAGCAGGAGCAUCAGCAUUAUCUUCAGAAGGCACAACCAGUGGGAACGUAGACAGAAAAAGUACCAGGCAAUGGGCGGCAGAAACAAAUUAUGAUGCAGAGAAAUUGUUCACAAAGCUGUUUGGCGAUGAUAUUCGCUAUUUACUCUCCAUGGAGAAUUUGUGGAAGAAACGCCGUCCUCCCACACCAUUGACGUGGGACAAUUUACCAGGAAAAGAUGACCCACCAACUCAACAUUCCGGCUUGCCUGAUCAACGUGUGUGGUCAGUGCAUGAAUGUGCUCAAGUAUUAGCCAACAGCUGUAAAGCUUUGCAAGCAGAUUUAGCAGGUCGUCCCGAGGGAGACCACCUCGUGUGGGACAAGGACGAGAAGAGCGCAAUGGAUUUCGUUACCGCGUGUGCUAAUAUACGCGCGUUCAUAUUCAACAUACCCACAAAGUCGCGCUUUGAAAUCAAAUCGAUGGCGGGCAACAUAAUCCCGGCGAUAGCGACGGCGAACGCGAUAGUGGCGGGGCUGGCGGUGCUGCGCGCGCAGGCCAUACUGCGCGGCCUCACCGCCGCCGCCACCAGCGUCUACCUGCGGCCCAAGGUCAACCACCGCGGCCAGCUGUUCGUGCCGGAGAAGGCCCUCACUCCACCGAAUCCGAAGUGCUACGUUUGCGCUCCGAAACCGGAAGUGGGCCUCGCGUGCAACCUCAAAUCGCUGACUCUCAAAGAUUUGACAACAGCUUUUAAAGAUGGUUUGAACAUGCAAGCGCCGGACGCGACAGUGGAAGGCAAAGGGCUCGUAGUCCUGUCUUCAGAACCUGGAGAAACUGACCACAACAACGACAAAACUCUAGAACAGAUCGGUCUCAACGAUGGAUGCGCCUUGCUAGUGGACGAUUUCCUGCAAAACUAUGAAGUGAGAGUCAGAUUGCAGCAAGAGGACGACGAGAAAUCGUGGCGUUUAGUUACAGAUACGGACGCCCCCAUGCCAGCACCAAAGGAAGAAGAAAAACCCGCGAACGGAUCAAACGGUUCUAACGAACCCAAACCCGGACCAUCCAGGACCAGAGCGGACAGCGAGAGCGAUAUGGAGAUUAUAGAGGAAGAUGACGAUGAGACCACAGUGAAACCACCAAAGCGCAGGCGAACAGAGAUGAGUGAUGAAGUCGUCGAACUAUGCUAAAAUUGCACUGAAAACACAUGUCAAAUACUUAAGCUAUCGACAUAAAUUGUUACAAAUUCGUACUAAACUAGAAAAUUACAAGUGUCUGUUGUGAUGUAAGAACAAAGGUCAACAUCAUAUUGUUAGAGAAGAGAAUCUCUUUAAUUAUAAAUUAAUUCAUUUUACAUUCAGAGUUAGUGAUAUUUUCUUAUUUGAUAUCUAUUUAUUUGUUUCUAAAUCAUCAUCAUCUGAUGAUGGCAUAUACAAAUGGCCAGUCAUAGCCAGUGAUUAAGCCAGUGCAGUUAUUAAAUUUAUUUUGUAUUUUUUAUCAGUUAUGCAAAUCUAAUACAUAGUAACUUAAUACCGAUGACAUUAAUGGUUGUUGAAAUUUAUAGAAACAAACUAAAAAGUGUUUUUGUAGCCUUUUGAUAGCAAUAAGUAUUAUUUAAAUAAGAGCUACGAUUAUUAGUAAGUGUAAACUUUUAAUGAGGAUCUAUUUCAAUGUCUUCAUUUUGAAUAAAUUUCAAUUUAAUAGUUUGGCUUUUAAUUUAAACCCAACUGACUUGAUUAUUAUCUUAACAGAGCAGUUGUGACAAUUAGUAUAUUAAAUGAAACAUUGGUAAAAUUUAUAUAAUUUAUUUACACAUUUUAAAUAAUAAUUUCAAUAUUAAACUACCCAAGUAAAAACACAAAAUUUAUUACUAAGUGGACACCUUCUGAACAUUUCAAUUUAUCUGAUUGUAUAUUUUAUUAUACACUCCAAUAUAAACAAAUUAUUGAUCACAAAUUGUUUUCUUGUACAAAGAUUGGUAUCUUAUUUGUAUUAGCAAAUUCUAUCAAUUUAAGAUUGACAAGCUAGUUUUCAGUAGUUGGUGCAUUCAGAACACAAUCAUGAAAAUUAAUCUUAGGAUGAGUAAUAACAUUUUUAGCUUCUCCAUGGCCCAGAGCCAAAAGACCUACAGCACCCACCUAUUCUUUCCUGCAGGUCUUCCCAUAUACUAAGGCGCUUUGCAGACGACGCGUCGUCUUCUUCUGUACUGGGCUGUUGCCCAUCUCAGAGAUAGCGGGUUCGAGUCCCGCUAACGAACGGGACUGUCCUGGGGGUCGAACCCCCCUCUCUACGGCUUCACUCGACGCCCUCGGCGCGGUCAAGCCCACCGGGUGAGACCCAUGUGGGAGGCCCAGUGAGCGAGCGGGCGACGGACUUUGGUGUGAGGGGGGAUUGCAGACGACGAGGCGGGGCGGGCUUUUUGUCCGCGAAGCAAUAAAAACCGCGUCUGCCCGUCGAUGUCUGCGGCUGCCCUCGCCGUAUACACAAAGCACACGACGGGCAGACGCAGCCAGUUCAGGACGUUCGUUCUAGUGAAUAGUCCAUCACUAAAAAGCGCGUGGCGCGUCUGAGCUAGCCGCCCCGCGCCGCCGUCUGCGUUACUGCAUAUAAACUGGUUUGUUUGAUCCACGGCGGGCAGCCGCGGACAUGCCGCGCCGCCACUGCCCGCCGGGCACCUGCGGCGCGGUCUUUUUGCCCUCUGUGUGCGUUUGUAGUAUAGGAUUCACUUUGUGCUAUCGUUCGCGGCGAAAUUGACCGGUCCGCCCCGCCCCGUCGUCUGCAAAGCGCCUUGUUACUCUUUGUCUGUGUCUCAGCACUGGGGACGUUUAAGGUCCAAUGAUGAUGCAUUGUGAUUAAAAUCAAAUUAAUAAGUGAUGAAAAACAUUGUAGAUGUCUCUACAUCCACACAGCAAUAUGGCAUCAUUUAAAAACAAUCUCAAUGCAAGCUGAGCACUUCAUUGUAUUACAAAUAAGAAUUUAUUGUAUCUGCAUCAUAAGCAAUAAAAGUUAAUGCUGGCACUUCACUCUGCUAUUUGUAAACUUAACAACAGUGUCCUUUUCAUUCAUUAUAACACAAAUAUUAGGACAGACUGUUGUCAAAUUUACAAAUAGAGAAAUUUUAGACACAUACACUGGAUAUUAGCCAUAUUCCCAGGAAGCCAACACUGAAGAAAUCUAAUGUAAUAUAAAUGAAACGCCAGCACAACAUUCCCCAUAUCCCAAUAAAGGAUGAACCUUAAAACUACCAAAUUAAUAUUACUAAUUAACCUAAAUGUGAAACAAACAAGCUUUACUAAUAAUAAAAGUCAACUUGGAUUUUACCUACUCCAGUUAGGUAAAACAGCGAGAUACUUAUUUUACCUUCUCUUAAGAGGAAAUUUUUGCAGAAGACAAUUUAUUGAUGAAGAAAUAAAUUACAUAAUAAUAUAUUUGGUCACUCCAAUCAAAAUGUGUUUGUAUGCUUACUCAAUAAUGGCUGUAAAGUUUAAGAUGUAAUUUGGGACACCUUAAAUAAAGUAUUGCUUGAUUUGAGACUUAAUACUUUUAUUUAUCCUGAAAAUGUGUGCUUAUCAAAACACUAACUAUAAUAAAGCAGGUGAAGUUGUUGCGGAAGCUAGUUUAUUAUAUACCUCCAUGCUAAGUUACAUGCUAAAUAAGACUCAAAUGUUAUAAUAAAUGAAAAUUGUAAAACCUAAUGACCUUGUAAACUGUGAAAAAUUACAUUUAUAUUCUGAAAAUAUUAUCCUUUCAUAACUAAAUAAGUACAGAGUAACAGUAACUCGAUUAAAUGUUUAGGUUUUGCUUCAGAGAUCCUUGCUUGGACGUGUUAAUAGAAACUAAAGUUUAAUUAAAUAAUUGGCACAUAUUAAUAAACAAAGAAUAUGCUGACUAGUUCAGCAGUGUACUAACAUAUAAAAUAAAUUUUUAACUAUAGUUAAACAGAUAAAAAACCAACCAACUUGUUCUUUGAUUAUUAAUAAGGAGGAAUACAUUUAGGGAUACCCAAUGAAUAAUAUCAUUUUAGGAGUAUAAUUAUUCUUUCUACCUAUGAGAGCAAAUAGUAAAGGAAAAUAUACCUAUGCCUUAUAUAUAUCUUAAAUAAAUGCUUCGAAAUGGUUGAUGAUUUAGAGAUUAUUAGCAAUAAUUAAUACUGAACACAUUGAAAGCUUAAAUAUCUUAAAAAGACAUUCUACUUCUCUGGUAAUAUCCCAAAUUCUAUUAGAAAACGUUCUACAUCAGUAGCAAAAAAGUCAUCUCCCAAUUCAGUAGCUAGUUUUAUAAAAUUUCCAAUUAUUUGGCCACCUUUAUAUACCAGCAAGGCUGGCACUCCUUCCACUCUGAAAUGUCUACUCAUUCCUGUUAUAUCUGCUGCUAUUCGACAAAAUUUUACAGUGGGAUAAUCUGUUGCCAAAACUUGCAGACAACCAUCCAUAGUCUUGCAUGCAACAGACAUGUCACCAUAUAUAUGAACAAUCACAGUUACCUUUUGAUCUUCUUUAUCAAUUGCAUUUAAAAAUUCUUCUUGACUAUUCAGUAAUAUGAGUUUACCAAAUUGAGGCACUUUCUGAAGUUGAGUCAUAAGCUCUUGCAUCCGCUGCUGCUGAUAUUUCAUAAGGAAUUCCUCAUCAAUCAACUCACUGAGUUCAUCCUCUAGGUCUUCUAUCUUCUUGCUUUCUACUUCUUCGCGUUCGGUCUUUACAGACAAAGUUAGUUUCUUCGCUAGAGCUAUUCGUUCCUUCUCUAACUCUGCACGAUUUUCCGCCUCCAACUGUUUGUACCUCCUCCAAUCUUCGAGAACUCCUUUUGGUCCGGUGUUCGUAGCUGACCCUGACCAAUUAUUGACAGGUGGCGGUUCAGCAUUUGCCUUCGAAACAGAAGGUGCAUUUCCUUCUUCAUCACCGCUUCUACUAUCUUCAUAAUCCGAUCCUCCUUCAUCUUCACUACUACUACAAUAGUUGUGUAGCUUUUCGCCCAAAAUUUUGUCAUCUAACGUAGACAUUUUAAAAGAGUCAGUGUUUAUGUUCAAUUAAGGAGGGAAAAUGCGGUCUACUUCCUAAGGAAAAACUAAUAAAUUAAUUAAAAGGUAUUGCAAAAUAAAAUGAUUACAGUACAGAAACUGUUUACAUCCAGAGUUGCCAACCGUAGAAUUUUUCCUCGUACUCAACUUAAAAUCACGUAAUCUGGC